CCCCAAGAGCUCUGUGGAAGAGCUGUGUGAGUCUAACUCUGACGGGGCCUCUCCAGCCGCCCUGGAGAGCCGGACCAGUGACGCAACACUGGAAGAAACCGAGAAUGCUCAAACCGGUGACGGCAAGUCCAAAAAGAAAGCCAACAAAUUGAAGGAAGGCUGGUCUAAAAUCCUUGACAAGAUGAAAUCAAAGAAAGAUAAAAGGAAGAAGAUGAAGAAAAAGGAGCAGGUGCUGGUGGUCAGAGCCAAGUCUAUCCAGGAUUGUCCAUCAAAGGAAAGUGAAGGUAGUAGCCGGGAGAGCUCCAUCCAGAGCCAGCAGGACCCCGAUAGCGUAAGGACACUGUACCAGAUAGAGCAGGAGGAUGGUGAUCUGGAGAGCUACUUGACCAGCGUACAAGAAGAAAUGAUGGAAUUCAAGCUGUCAUAUGAGAUGUGGCGGGUUGGCCACUGGGCUGUCAGCGUCCCUCAUAUGGAGAGGGAAAACGAGGAGAUGUGUUUUACAGUUCACCUAGAAGAGAGGGAUAACCCUGAGAACCUUCACUGGGAUGUAAAGAAGACCCAGACGGACAUCAUUCAUUUCCGCAACCUAUGGCAGGACUCUGCUAAUUUACCCUCCCUAUCCGUGUUAGAGGCAAGCACUGAGUGUAACAGCGAGGAUUUUAGAGAAACCAAAACGUCCCUCAAGGUCUUCUUACAGGAGCUGGUCUCUGAUGCUCUGAUGGGCCACACUCAGCCAGUGUUUCAGUUUCUGUGUCCUCUGGACAAGCUGCUGAGUGAAGAGGAGCAUGUGGGGGGAGUGUGGGGUCUCCUCAGUGGCCUGGCCUACUUCCUGUCUCCAGGGCAAGAGGAAGAUGAGGACAAGCACAACACUCUUCAAAGAGGGACCAAAUCAGAUGAUUCCAACACAACUGAGAAUGCAGACUCAACUGCAACUGAGAAGCUGAAUGAAAACAUUGGUGAUACAAGUGAUGGUUCUCCUUCAGAACCAAGUCCCAUUGAGUGCUGCAGAGGUAAAGCGAUGGUGCCAGUAGAGAAAUCAGACUGUUUGGUUAAUGCAGGCAAAACCAAGGACAAAAAAGAGGAAUCUGAGAACCCUGUAACUUCUCACCUGAAGAUGAUCAACAAAAAACUAUCCAGAUCAGAGGAGUGUCUGGCCCAAACAAAAUCAGACAACCCUGACGACCAGACCGACUCUGUCUGUAGGCCGCGACAUUUCAGUCAAAAUGGAGGCUCGCAAUAUGACCUCACUGACAGUCCGUCAUGGUGUUAUUUAGUUGGAAAGUCAAAUAAAAAGGAUAAACUCACUUUCAAAAUGUCAGGAGGGAUCCACAGGAGUAGAGGAAAGGACAUGGGGAGUCAGUCAAAAUUAGAAGACUCGCAGUGUUUGAAAAAGAACCAAUCCAGCUGGGAGCAAAUGGAAGCAACCAAAGCCAUUUUUGAUUUGUUGAAAGCAAUAUCUGGUAAUUCCAUCCUCCUGAACAUAUUUGAUGCGAUUCUGAAACCCUUCAUGCCGAUAUUGAAAAAGAAAGUGAAAAGCUUCUUGAAUAAGAUGAACCCAACGGAUGCCCAGAUGGCCUCCUAUAUCGAUAACCUAUGUGACAAACAGUGGCCUGAGGGCUCGCCAGAGGUGACCAGACCUAAACCCCACCGCAACAGUCAGGAAAAAAACGAGACCAAAGACCGAGCUCAGCACCUCAUCAAUGCCAGAUAUUCAAACUAUUUAAUCUUGAAGAAGACUGAUAUGGAGACAGUGUUUAAGCUCUUCCAGGACAGUGAAGAAAACAAGAAGCUGGUCUAUAUGCUGCUUUCAUUCCUUUUGAGAGAGCUUCUGCCGGGUGAGGAUGCCCUUAAUGUGAGUGCCAUAAACCUGCAGAAAGUGAACGCCAACUAACUCAUUUUAAGAUGUUCACAGGUCAUGCUUUUAAAUUAACUGUAGUUCUGAUGUUUUAGAAAAUUAAACAAUUUAUUUGAUUGGUUGUCAUGCCUUAACAGUCCCAUUUAAGUCUACACUUGGUGGGAGUAUUAUAAUAAAGAAAUCUUAUGAUACAUUUCCAGAGAAGUAUAUUUGACCUCAUACAUUAAACAUGCUGUGAAUCAUGCCUAUUAUUUAAAAUGUAUCAUAUGUUGACGUGUUAUGUAUUUGGCAAUAUCAGCACACUAAUGUGAGGUUAUUCAAGUUAAAACAUCCUCUACCGGUGUAGAAAAUAUAAACAUUUGCUAUCAAGAUGGUAACGAUGUACUCCAUUGUCAAUCUCAGAGGGGGCAUACAUGUACUUUGAUUUCACUGGUAGGGACACACAGAGCACUUUGAAUAAAAUGUUGAAGUUUUGACCUAAAGGGUUUUGAGCAUUUUGAGCACAUUCAUAGUUGAUGGGGGGUAUGUGUUAAAUAAGAAGCUUUUGAGGAAAGUUGUUAAUAUUUUGUUAUUGGGUUUUGAGAAUUUCCAGUAAUUACACACACCUGCCUUCUAAAAGAAAGCUUACAAGACACUGAAUGUGAAAAUUAAGUGCCUUGUUAAUAAAGCUAUUUUAUAUAUACAUAUUAGAUUUUCCUUGCUUCUUUGGCUGUGUUUAUACAGCAAGCCCAAUUCUUUUUUUAAAAUCUUUUUUUUUUUACCAAUUGGCCUUUGACCAAUCAGAUCAGCUCUGAAAAAAGAGCUGAUGUGAUAUAAUUGGUCGUAAGACCAAAUCAUGGAGAGAAAAAAGUCAGAAUUGGGCUGCCUGUGUUAACACAGCCUCAGACAUAUGCCUGGUAUGCUUUAGAUUGUGUGGUAGGUAUAUUCUGUCUUCUGAUUCUUCCAGUCCUGCCAUAUGGGAUUAAUGAGUUUUAACGAGUUUCUCUAUGUUCAUGUUCACAAAAAAAAAUUGAUCAUUAAAGUAACUGUUUAGCGUUUCCAGAUGUCUAUGAAAUAGAACCU